AUGGCGUCCGAAUACUACACGGUCCCACUCAUCAACAUGCUGAUGGAAAAUCAUGAAAACAGCCCUAGCAAGGAAACUAUGAAUGCAAUGGUACUGGGAAUCCUCAACUACUACUUCCCACAGAGCCUGGAUUAUGCAAUAGGCUUCCAGCCUAGAUGCCGACGCGACAAGGAACUGAAGGUCGAUCUUGCGAUUCGUCGAUGGUUCCCCGAGACACCAGCCUACUACCAGCUUGCAAAGCAAGCUCUCGUUGAUAUCAAGCUUGACACGGGCACGUUCGGCGAGGAGGAUUGCAAGGGUAUUAUGAAUAGACUAUCUGUUUUUGUCGACAAGGACUACAGCAACGAUACCGAUUGCUGGUUUAUCCUUUUUCAUGGGAUGUUUGUUCGAUUCUACCUCUGGAAGGCUGGCGACGACCAGGAUGAGGAUCAUUCAGUCAUCAGUUAUCCACUUGAGGAUGAUGAGGGCAACAAGACACCGAAGGGAGGGUUCCACCUGAUCGAAGAUCAUGAGCAGGUUGAUUACAUUCUGCGCCAUCUUUCUCAAAAUGGGUGUAUGUGA